CUUGCACCUCACGUUGAUAUCGGGCUCUGUCUCUGCCACCGGCUAGCGCAUUCUUUACACCAUUGCCGCCCGUCGAUUCCCCAACACCCUAACCCCCCACCACCACGCGUUGUGUCGCCGUCCUGUGUGUCAGAGAGGCUCAAAUUAGGCCUCCGGCAUCCUGUACGCUUGCCUCAACCGCACCAAUUUCACGCUCGAUCACAUGCCCUCAACCACUUCCAACGACCGCGACCGCUGUAAGAAACCGGGGAGACGGCUCCCAGAGGGGUGGGGCGUGGGAGCUGGAUGCACAAAUGGGCGGAGCGCGAGGGCACAUGAGGGAGAGCUUCACAGAAGAUCGCGUUCGUUGCGCAUCUGGGAAUCAGACACGUACCCGCCUCAUGUACACGCAGUACAUUCUGCGGCCAUCUCAUUGAAGGCGGAUGGGCCUAUGUCUUCCGGACGUCUUGACCAUGCACCUGCACAUCCUGCCCGGUGUAACCAACGACUCAACCGGCACCGCACUCGCGCAUCUUCGCCAGCGAACACAUCAACGCCCGCUGCGUUCUCACGGACGUCUCCGGGAUGUGCAGGAAGGGGCCGACUCGCGGCCACAAGCUUGCUUGAUCGCAUCGGGCGGCAGGAGGCAGUCAGUCCACUGCCCUCUUUUGACGCCAACUUGGAUGCAUCUGCCUCUUAGCGCACAGCUCAAAUAGCAAUGAGCGCAAUGAGAGGAUGGUAUUGGGAGAUCGGAAGGCAGGGAUGAAUGGGAGGGGCGGAGCGCUCUGAGAACGCGCAUGGGAGAGCAGUCUGCAGGCCUCGAAAUCGGACGUGCGGUGAAAUUUUGUGUGACACAAGCUACAAACAAUCAAGAAACUCCCCCAUUGUCGUCGGAGAAGCCAUCGACGGCCAGUUCGGGCGCGGCGCUGCGGGCCGGCGCUGUUGCCGGUGAUGCGCUUGGGGCUGGUGUCAAAGCCGAGUGCAGCAACUGUGAAGCGACUCAUACUCCGCUUUGGAGGCGAGGGCUCAACAACGAAGUCAACUGCAACGCCUGCGGAUUCUACUGCAAGCUGCACCAGCGACCUCGGCCGAAGGCGAUGCGCAACAUGGGAGAAGGCAAAGGCCAGUCAACUCGAGCCGAAGUUCCGGACGUCAUGGCGCAAUGCUUGAGCUGCCGCAUGACGAAGACGACGAAGAUCGGACUGUGGGCAACGCCUGUAGUCUGUAUUACAAGUUGCCCGGAACGUCGCGUCCGAUUUCGAAGCAGAGCAACAUCAUCCGCAAAUGUUCUUGCCACGAAGUGCAAGUCCGAGCACAAGCGCAGGCGCAGGCGGACACUCCCACAGCCAGUCGCCAGGGCUCGCCCGUCCCGGGAUCGACAUCACCUUUGAGCUCGGGUUCGCCGAUGCUCACACCUCGCAGCAGCACGUCCGACCUGACCACCGCGCUUGACCCACUGCCGAAGCCCACGGCUGGAGCGCACCGAUUCCGUACCAUGAGACCUACGCGGACGUGCUUCCUUUUGGAGGCGUGGAUGUCAGCGGUGGAGUGGACGGCGAUGCGCGGGUCAACAAACGCCGGUGGAUGAGCGUCGACUCGACCUCGGAGCCACCUUCGAGUGCCGUCAGCUACAGCUCGUCGUAUAACAAAUACACGGACGGGUAAUCGAGUGCACCGUCAUUUGCGAUGGAGUUCCCGUUCAGCGAGCGGCAGCAGCAGCAGCAAGGCUCGUUCUGGCAUCCACCCAUGGCGCUAAAACGAGAUUCGCCCGAUGCACAGAUCCACCCCCCGCAGCUCCCGUCCUCAGACGACUUCCUCCACCCGCCGACGAUGCAGGCGUCCUACCUGUACCAAGAUGAAUCAUUCAAAUCGUUCGUCCACCCGCCCAUGAUGAUGCCGACUCUCAACGAGGAGGGCGUGCUCUUUGGGUCCAGUCCCCACCCCCCGAUGAUGCAUUACGACAAUCUCUACGCCCCAGAGGACAACAGCAUGCACUUCUCAAAUGUAUUUUGUGUUUCCAUCUGGACCAUGUCCUUAUACUCUCUAUUGCAUACAUUUAUCUCAGCAUAGCAUAACUUGUGGAUGUUUAUUUCUGAUCGCCUUGUGUACUGUAUUCUGACGACGCCCUGAGUGCGUAGUGGGUAGUAGUGACUCCCUUGAAGGUGCCCGAUUGUUGCUUCCCCGUUCCGUGCGCCCCAGUUACAGGCCGGAAAGCGACAACAACAUUGAUGGCAAGGGUUUCUCCUAUUUCGAGAUCCUAGGGCUAGGAACACAGGGCAGGAUGUAGGGGAAGAGGGGAAGGAUUUCACGCAAAGAGGGGGAUCAUCAAA